CGGAAAGCCGGAGUCAAAUUCAUCAUACCUCAUUCAAAAUGAUUAACCCUAACUUAUGGAUGAGCUGUUAAGGUGCAUGCCUGUUCUUUAUCCUUUCACGUAUUCUAAAUCUUUGUCCUCUAUACAGAAGAAAACAAAUUCGAACAACGAUUUUCCAGUCUUACGCACAUGGAAACGCGGCGUUCGUUGAGAUGCUCAUGAUGUCCUCUCACCUCGGCAUUACAAGGGUACGGAUUUCGAUUCCCCUACAAUAAUUCUCUCACAGAAGGUAAGAUGUUUUUCCCUAGAUUAAUAUUGUGAAUCUGUUUUCCAGAAUCACAAUAAACAGUAAGUUGUUCCUUUUCCAAGGAUUUGUAUGUGAAGGCCUGUGAAUGAACUCAAAUCGAGUUUUAAACGCAACACUUAAUAUCUGCCUUCAAAAAAAUUUAGGAGAUUUUAUUUUUCCUUAUAUUGUUAGUGAUGAUUUCGCAAGCUUAUGUUCCCGAGAGCUGUUCUUUUAGAGGAUAUAAUAUCUCCAUUAGCGAAUUAAAUAGCUGGUAAAUGUUUAUCAGUCUUCUGAACUUUGUAGGUCGGGCAUUCUUCUGUAGGUUUUUAUUUAUUCUAUUGAGGACGAAUUUAAGACUCGGCGCGCUUUGUGCAAAACUUCUGUUACAACAGAUCAGUUUACCCAACCUCUCUACCAGUUGCAUGUGAGGAGGUCUGUAUAAAUCAUAUGGCGAUGGAUCAAAAUUGUCAGCCACCAGAGGUUUCAAAAGAUGAAAGAGAAAUAAAUUCUUCAGUAGAAGAUGUAGCGGCAAUUCUAAAGAAAUUACAGCUGAGCUGCUCGUCUGAGGUCAAUGCAGCUUCUGAACGAAUCGAUCAAAUGAUUUCACCUGAAAAGAGAAAACUAACAGCAACUACGCCUCUGAAAGCAUCACAGGCUAUUAGCAUAAAUGUGGUAGAUCUGUCUUCAGGAAAAUACGUACUGCCAGAUCAACAGGAACCCCCGUAUUUUGUGACUCUUCUUCACAUUCUUGGAGUGAAGGAUGAUAUAUCAGCUGUUGCAGAUGCAUACAUGAGAUUUGAUAAGCAGGUUUUAACUUCAAUUCAUAACAAUGCUAGCAUAUAUCUCACACGUCCUGAAAUAGGACAGGUUCUUCAAAUGCAUGACUCCCCUGAACAAAAAUAUGAAGGCAGUCACGAAGCCACAGAAGCUGCAGAUGAACUUGUUCCAGUUAGCCUCAAGGAUUUGAAAGCCGGCAAGCUGAAUGAGUGUGCUGUGUUGUAUGGAGAGCUUUGUGUUAAGCCCUUCAAAUUGGGGAGAAUCUACACUCUGCUACAGGAGAUUGGUACUGGGAAUGCAGUGGCUCUUUCAAUUGUUUCUGAGGAUGCCUCAUCUAUUGAUCAACAUUUCGCAAGAGACAAUUAUCCUCAAGGCAAGAAAAUUGCUGUCAAGGAACCCAUGCUUGUUCGAGGCGAAGGCGGUCUCCUAUUUAUAAAUGUAAACAAUCCUUCGUCAAUUGAAACGGUAGAGAGUUUUCCUGCCUCAAAUGUUGCAGUCAAUGAAGAAAAUUUCGAGAAAUGGAUUGAUGCCAUGGAUGAGGCAUAUCACUCAGAAAAUUGGGACAAAUGCAUGCGAAAUUGUACAAAGGGUCUACUGAGCUCCUCAAAGGUAAUGAGGAUAAACGACUUCUCCAUCGUCAGAACGUACGCUGAAAGAUGGCGCGCGCAAAUUGAAACGGGGCGGUAUGAAGAAGCGAUGCUUGAUGCAGAGGCGUUUUGUGAGCUCCGUCCUUCCUUCAGCGGUGGAAUUAAGAUGAAAAUUCGGUCACUGGCGUCCUUGGGGAGAUAUCAGGACCUAUAUCGUUUACUUCAUUCUGCGCGUGCCAAUAAUGCUUUCGGAGAUGAGGACAACAAAGAAUUCACUAACAUCUGUCGCACAUGGGCCCCUCGGUAUUGUGACAUUGGUGUCACAGGAGUAGAUGCGCCAAGGCCAUCUUUGUUCAGACCAGACGGAGAUCUAAUCGGUCCGGUGGAAAUCCGAAAGACAGGGAAUAGGAAUGGCAGGGGUUUGUUCGCCACCGAAGAUAUUAAGACAGGUGACUGCUUGUUGAUCAGCAAGGCCUUGGCUAUCUCUCACAAAGCUAUGGACGACCCCAUGAAAAAUGGGCUAUUUGAAAAUGUGAAAAAUGCUCUGAAUUCAUGUGGGGAUAACAUUUUAAAAUUGUUUAUUUCUCAUGCCAGCGGCAAACUGGUUGCCAAAAUGGGGGAUUUCUUCAACCCGUCUUUCGAAGAGAAGUGCUGCAAAGCUACAGCUCGAGUUCGGGAAGAUUUUGAAGCCCUUCAAGAGAAAGACAGUAAAAUCCGUCAAAUAAUAGAAGGGAUUGCUUUCGACGACGCCACUCCAGCUGCAAUUCGAGAAAAGGGCAAGUCAUUUGUCAAUUUCAAUUCAGAUCCAAUUAGGCUUUAUUACGGAGUGUGGCUACUUCCGUCAUUUAUAAACCAUUCGUGCUCGCCCAACGCAGCAAGAAUCAAUGAAGGGGAAAUCAUCAGAAUUCAUGCAACAAGACCUAUUAAAGAGGGCCAAGAAAUCACCAUUCCCUAUUUUAAUGUUCUGCUUCCCUAUACUUUUCGACAUAAACUUUGCAAUACUUUUAGGUUUGGGUGUGUCUGCAAGUGCAAACGAUGUGAGGUGGAAAGAAAGAUAAUAGGAGCUGAAUCAAAAGCCGAGGCACUUUGCGAGAGCUACUCCUCAGCGUGCAAUGCAAAGAUCGAAGAAAGGGCUGCCCAACUCGAGAAGUUUGUCAAUCGAGUGGAAAAUUGUUUGACAGUUUUGAGGAAGAGAAAACUUGUUGGGGAUAAAUAUGGUGAGGAUUGGUUUCGAUCCUCGUUUAUGGCUGCCUAUUUGGGGCGUAUUACUUGCAGAAAAAAGAAAGCUGUAAAGACAUCGUCAGACAAAGACGAGGAAAUUUUAUUGAGAGCAGCGCAUUCCAUAAUUGAAACUUGCCCUGGGGACAUUCAGUAUCUAAUAUUUUGCCACAGUUGUUUGAGCUUGUGGGAAGAUCUUGCAGCGAAAGGUUUGGCAGAUGAGAAAUAUGCAAGACAGGCGUACAGGAUGACGGCGGAGGCAGCCAUUUCAGUAUACGGAACUCGUAAGAAGUUUGGUAGAUCAGACCUGAAUUUCACAUAAAAUCGACUGCCCAAAUCCCCUAAAAAUGGAAUCGUCGCUUGUCAGGAGAAAUUCCAAGAUUGGCAGUGGACACUUUUUUAAAAUAACGAUUUAAUGUGUUGAUUACAGAAACAAGACUAGAUGCUUGUGUUUGUUUUAAAUUUUGUAUUCUUAUUGUAAAAUAGAUUAUUAAAGAUAUAUGUUAGUUAUGAAUGGAAUGUUUAUGUAGCAAAUCAAAAAGCAAUGAUAAGAGUUAGUAAGGAAUGUUUAUGAAUGGUAUGGAUCUGGCUUUUGGGCGGUUUGGGCUGA